AUGGCAAUCCAACAGAUGGGUGGCAAGGGGCAGGUGGCAGCCGAGCUGUUUGAACAGAGAAGGGACAGCCACUGUGACAACAGGAAGCAGACGCUGUUAGCACUGUUGGUCUUGGUGCUGUACUUGGGCACAGGGAUAUCAGGAAAUGGCUGGGAGGUGUCAGGAAGGAUCAGAGAGUGCAACUAUCCUCAGAAUCCUGUGGCAUCCCAGGGGGUUGAAUAUCAGACCAGUGAACCCACGGAAGAGCCAAUAAGGACCUUCAGGAACUGGCUGAAGAUGAACUUGCAUGUUUUCUUGGAGGAACUCGAGAAAGAAGUGCGGGAGCUGGAGCAGCUGGUACGGGACCUGGAGUUUUGGCUUGAUGCGUUUCUGAGAGAACCUUGCCCAGAGGACCCCUGUUCCACCCACAGGACUACUUAUGAAGGCAGCAUUGGUAUCAGCAGCACCAUCAUUAUUACUACUAUUGUCAUCACCUGCAUCACUACCACAUCAGUUACCAUCAUUACUACUACCAUCAUCAUCACCACCAGAAACAACACCAUCAUUAUUACUACUGUCAUUAUCACCACUAUCAGUUCCAGAAGAAGCACCAUCAUCAUUACCACCACCAUCAUCAUCACUGUCAUCACCAAUACCAUCACUCCAAUCAUCAUCACUACCAUAGUGGUUUCAAUGAAAAAUGUCUCCCAUAGGCUUCAAGUCUUUGAAUAA